AUGACACGAAAUGGACGCCUACCUCAAGAUAUGUCACUACUCCGGCUUCAGCAUGAGCAUAUCACUCACGACUUAUGGGAAGGACGAGAACGAGUUCUUAGACCGAGAAUAGCUAGAGUUUGGAUACUAAACAACCAAGACAUACUUGAUCCCCGUGUCAUAAAUUUAAUGCAUCAAGCUGGAUUCGGACACGCCUUGUACAUCCCAGACAUGGAUGUCAACCACUUCCUCAUCAGUUCUUUAUUAGAAAGAUGGAGAUCAGAAACUCACACCUUUCACUUCCCCCAUGGAGAAACCACCGUGACACUAGAAGAUGUAGCCGUCCUCCUUGGCCUACCGAUAGACGAAGAUGUGCUUCCACCCAAUGCAAACAAUGAGGUUAUUGCUCAAUAUGCGAGAGCGUACAUUCUCACAUUGAUUGGAAGCAUUUUAAUGCCAGACACGUCUGCAACUAGGGUACAUGUCAUGUAUCUACUUAGGCUAGCUGACUUGGAUGUCAUCAGAAAUUAUAGUUGGGGCUCUGCAGUCUUGGUUUGUCUAUAUCGUUGCCUAGAUCAUGGCAUUCACCUAUGCCAAGAAAAUAUUGGUGGAUGCAUGAUUUUGUUACAAUGUUGGGCUUGGGAAAGGAUUACUUCUAUAGCCCCACCACUUCAACCUUUAAGUGAUCAGGAGGUGGCUGAUGGGGAUGGUUUCCCUGUCUGUAGAAGGUGGAUGAACGUAACGCAUCAGAUAAAUCCAGCUUCAAUUUCAGUUACUGAUUUUCGGUUGAGAUUUGAUCAAAUACGUACAAGACAGUUCUUGUGGAGGCCUUACAUUCAACCCGAAGUUAGUCGAUUGAUUGUGGUUGACAUCCCUCCAGUGUCCAGAGCAAUAGUACUAAUAAUUUGGUUCGCAACAGUAGAAAUCCAUCAGGCGGAUAGGGUGAUGCGUCAAUUUGGUUUAAGACAAAACAUUCCGCCUGAGCCGGUUAACCUAGAUCAAGUUCAAAGGGAUGACUUGAGGGGGAGAAACGACAGAGAUUGGGUGGCACAUCAUCAUCAAUGGAUUGCAAUUUGGAAUGAUCGACAAAAUCAGAUCAUUCAAGGUACACCGUUCAGCGAAAACGGUCAUUUGCGUGAUGAAACACCGUAUAUGUAG